UUGAACAGAGCUGCAUACCUGGACUGCUGCAUACCUGGCUCUCCAGCAGCCAUGGCUCGGUUUUCCUGCCCAGAGUUGAGCCUGCUGCUUCUGUUACUGCUGCUCUUGACAAACAAUGUUGAAGCAAAUGACAAGAGGAUGAAGACACUGAAGAGGGCAAAGAGAAAUUGGCUCCCUCCCCCAUCCAGACUGGUGGAGAACACCAACCACACUGGAAUCAUCGCAAAGAUUCGCUCUGACAAAGACACACAAGGAAGUGUGGAGUACUUCCUCACAGGACAUGGAGCUGACAGACCACCCUACAACCUUUUCGUGGUGGAUCACAACAACGGACAUGUGCGCCUUACUGGCGUUCUAGACCGGGAAAAAUGUGCUGUUUACCAUCUAAAAGGCACUGCUAGAUUUCUGGAUGGGACCACAGCAGAGGAUGACAUUCCCCUGAUUAUCAAUGUCCUGGAUCAGAAUGACAACCCUCCUUUCUUCGAGCUGCACUCUGGGAAUAUUACAGAGACAAGCAAAAAAGGAACUUUUGUUAUGCAGAUUGAAGGUAAAGAUGCUGAUGAACCUGGAACGAUUAAUUCAGAGAUCGCAUACAAAAUCAUCAGUCAGGAGCCAAAGGGAACCGGUCACAUGUUCACUUUAGAUAAAAAGACAGGAAAACUAUAUGUAAAAGAGCCCACUCUGGACAGAGAGACAUAUGACUUCUACAAACUGGUCAUAAUGGGAACUGAUAUGGGAGGAGGACCAGGAGGUCUAACAGGGACAGGGACCGUGGAGAUAAAGGUCCUAGAUAUAAAUGACAACAUUCCCACUCUGGAAAAAUCUGAGUACAGUGGCUCAGUGGAUGAAAAUGUUGCUGAUGUUGUUGUGAUGAGGAUCAAAGCUCUGGACAAAGACCUUGAACACACAGACAACUGGCUGACUGUCUUUGAAAUUGCCAAAGGAAAUGAGGACAAUCUGUUCUCCAUUGAGACGGACAAAGAAACCAACGAGGGCAUCCUGAAGCUGAUCAAGGCAGUGGAUUUUGAAGAACUACAAAAUCUCGAGCUUGGCCUGCUCGUUAAGAAUGUGGCUCCUUUUGCAAAGGGGGGUCCUCUACUGAUGGAUGUGGAUGUUCAGGCUGGUGCUGGUGCUGGUGCUGGUGUUGGUGUUGGUGUUGGUGCUGGAGCUGGUGCUGGAGUAGAUGUGGAUGUGGGGGUAGACGUGGGAGUAGAUGUGGAUGUGGGGGUAAACGUGGGAGUAGAUCUGGAUGUGGGGGUAGACGUGGGAGUAGAUGUGGAUGUGGGGGUAGACGUGGGAGUAGAUUUAGACGUGGACCUGGAUGCUGGGGUCGAUGUCGGACUAGAUGCAGGACUUAAACCUCAAGGAGGACCUGGUCCUGGAGUUGGGGUUAAUCCUGGUGGUGGGCCUGCUACUGGUGCUGGUGCUGGAGUCGGAGUUGGACCUGGUGUUGGACCUGGUGUUGGGGUUGGAGUUGCACCUGGAGUUGGACCUGGAGUUGGACCUGGAGUGGGUGUUGGACUUAAGCCAGGCGUCAAACCAGGACCAGGAAAAAAGCCGAAACCCAAAAAACCAGCCAAAAGCUAUCCUAUUAAGAUAUCAGUGAAUAAUGUUCCAGAAGGUCCAGCAUUCCUUCCCAGCACCAAGAACGUUCCUGUGUCUGAGGACCCAGAUGAGUUACCAGAAAAUGGCACCCUCACUGUGUUUGCUGCUACUAAUCCAGAUACAGGAAAACCAGCGGAAGAUGUCAAUUAUGCCAAAGCCUUUGAUCCAGACAACUGGUUUACUGUUGAUGAAGACACAGCUGAAAUUAAACUCAACAAGGCUCCAGACCGAGAGUCACCCUUCUUGGUAAACGGUGUCUACAUUGCCAAAAUUCUGGCCAUGACCAAAGAUAUACCAUCGAAGACGGCCACGGGAACAAUAGCCAUCCAAGUCACUGACUCCAACGACCACUGUCCUACUUUGGCCACCACACACACCAGCCUGUGCUCAGAUAAAAAAACAGUCUAUGUUACUGGUUUUGAUGAAGACUUCAGUCCCAACGCAGCUCCAUUCACAUUCACAAUCAUACCUGAUGGUACAAAAGGCACCUGGGAUCCAGAAGUCAUCAAUGAAACGACGGUAGCACUUCAUUCUCAGGAGGAGCUGUGGCCUGGUACAUAUGAGCUCCAGAUAGAGGUGAUGGAUGCUCAGGGCCUGGCCUGUCCAGCCAAUGAAGUUUUUUCUGUGGACGUAUGCACCUGUGAGGGAAGAGAGGACUGCAGUGUGAUGGCAGACAGACUAGAAACCACGGCCUCUAAGGUCUCUGGAGGAGUCAUCGGCCUGGUCCUAUCAGCAUUCUGCUUACUGCUGUUCCUGCCUCUUUUUCUGCUGUUCUGUCAGUGUGGAGGAGCAAAUACAGUUUUCGCUGACCAGUUCACUGAUCUACCAUUUGACACCAAAGAACAUCUGAUAUCCUAUCACACUGAAGGACUAGGAGAGGAUCAGGAAGUGCCUCUCCAAAGUGUUCCUAUUCUACAGGGUACCCAACAAAAAAUUGGGACAGCACAAGGACUAAAUUUCAACUCCAUCUCGUCAACAGUGGUGGACAGCUUUAAGACACAAACCUACAACCACCAAUUCAUGGACAAUGACAACGCCUACAGGUUUUCCACAGAUUUUUACCAUGGUGAUGGCACUGCUACAUUCAGACAUAUGUAUGGUGAACAACAGUCAACAAACCUCUAUGAGGAGGACAUCGCCCUUCCUGAUGAGUUCCUCAGCUACUACUACUCCAAGAAAUCAGUGUUCGCUGUGACAGGGAAAGACGGUCUGUUGGAGUAUGAUUUUGAAGGCCAGGGCUCCUCCGCUGGCUCAGUGGGCUGCUGCAGCCUCCUGGAGUCUGACCAUGAUCUGGACUUCCUCAAUGACCUUGGAGAAAAGUUCAUGACUCUGGCUGAGAUCUGUUUCCCUCCAACACCGACACCCAAACCCUCCCAGACAUUUAAAACAACAGGUGCUUUCAAAACCACAGUGGAUGCUGUUAAACCUGUUUCAAAGACCAGGGUUGAGCAGGUGCUUGGAGCAAAGCAUUCUGUAGUAAAGACAGAGAAAGUCAUAUCAUCCACUAACAUCUCUAAAUCAUCUCUCAACACAGUGAGCAACAGCUCAUCCUCCAUGACACUUCCUCACCCCAGAGUUACUAACAUCUCUAAAUCAUCUCUCAACACAGUGAGCAACGGCUCAUCUUCCAUGACACUUCCUCACCCCAGUGUUACUAACAUCUCUAAAUCAUCUCUCAACACAGUGAGCAAUGGCUCAUCUUCCAUGACCCUUCCUCGCUCCAGUGUCACUAACAUCGGUCAUUCCUCUAACAUUGUUCAUUCUGCUAACCUGUCUUAUGCUCCUCAGACGGUCGUACUGCAACAGCAGCCAGUUUACUACACCACCACCCCUGUACUGCAGCCCAUGUCCUAUGUUGUCUCCCAAGGAACCAGUCUUCCUGGGAUGUUUCUAGUCAAUGGUCCCCAGGUUCCAUCUGAUCUUGUAAUCAGUGGAACCCAGAACCCUCUUCCAGGGCUUGUUGUCCAGAAUGCAGAGGGCUCUAGAAGUGUUAAUAUUUCUGCUGGGCCCAUGAGUCCAGUCUCUCCGACUGUGUUUCCAGGGCUUGUUGUCCAAAAUGCAGAGGGUUCUGGGACUCUUACUAGAACUCUUAAUAGUUCUGCUGGACCCAUGGGUCCAGUCACUCCGACUGUGUUUCCAGGGAUUGUUAUCCAGAAUGCAGAGGGUUCUGGGACUCUUACUAGAACUCUUAAUAGUUCUGCUGGACCCAUGGGUCCAGUCACUCAGACUGUGUUUGCAGGGCUUGUUACCCAGAAUGCAGAGGGGUCAAGAACUCUUAACAGAACUCUUAAUAGUUCAGUCGGAGUGACUGGACCCGUGGGUCCAGUCACUCCGACUGUGUUGCUGCCUGAUAAUCCAGCAAGGAUCCAGGGUUCAGUAGCCAUGGAAGGCUGGACAAUAAUGGGACCAAAUCCUGAUGGUAAGUAUAUGUUAGUCCCAGGUUCACCUCAGGGCAUUUUGCCUGGAGAUGCUAUCCUGGAUGAAGGGGCUGCUACCCCUCAGAGGGUGUUAUACUUGGCAGCCCAGAAGACUUUGUAUCAUUGCUUUGAAGGUCAUGCUUUUGCUAUAAAAGGGGUUGUUGUUGCACUGAAAAGGUAUUUAGGACAAAUAAAGAAAGUGGGCUUAGGGGCAUACACCUUUUUCAGAUAUUUGGUAGCAGUAAUGCCAAAAGAAGGACAGUCACGGAUCCAUAUAUCUAUGGUAGGUACAGCCGGGACUGAUCAGAUCAGAUUUAAAGGAAAUAAUCCAAUAAAAGGAUCUUUUGUUUUAUUUUAUUUUUUGUUUUAUGGAAUACUUGUGAGUAGAACAUCCUAGCAAAAGAAGACAGUGGUCAGGGUGCUCUCUGUUAAUCAGAGAGGAACUCUGAUGUAAGAGGUGUUUCUGUUGAAAUGGUCUUUGGUUUUACUGACUAUGCUUACAUAUCGCAUCAAGCCUUUUAUAGUGCAUUGCUUGUGUCUUUCUAUGUUGUAGAUAACCAAAUGCAAUGAAAAACCUGAUUAGAGACAGACAAACUAGUGCUACUCUGGCCCAAAGCUAUGUUGCUUGAGAUCCAGGAACCUAUUCCGUCUGGGUGUAGGGGUGGAAUUUGUCAUCACCAAUUAUGUGAAGAUUUCUGCAUCUGCGGGAACUAUUUAAACUCAUGCAUGUAGGCUUAAAUUUUUCCUUAACAUGAACUUAUACUGCCAUCUGAGUAAAACAGAUCACCUCAGAAGUUUAUUUUUUUUUAAUUAUUUUUAUCCCGGUUUUUUCCCCCAUUUUAUCACCCAGUGCUCCUACCUAACAGUCCUGGGCAUUGCCAUCCUCUACCAACCCCAGGAGGGCCCUGCACUGAGCUCAGGUCUCCUCCUUAACCUGAGGAGUGAGCAGGCCGCUUCUUUUCACCAGACAGGGUGGGGUUUCUCCGGCCGGACGUAGCGCGUGGAAGGAUCACGUUAUUCCGGCCGGAUCCUCCCCACCCUAUCUGGCGCCCCGGUCAGAGGGGGCACUAUAGCCCAGGACUGUUGCAUGUUUUUGUGAGGGUAGCUCCCAUUAGCUACCCAGGGGAACACGGGGAGAACAUGCAAACUCCACACAGAAAGAUCCUUUCACCAACCCCACCCAGGGUGUGGGCACUGAAGUCAUGGGGGAACUAACACUUCAGCGCCCACAGCGUCCCCGGCGGGAAUCGAACCCAGGACCUUCUUAGCUCAGAA